AUGUCAUUUGAAGAACAGAUCAUAUUUAAUAAAUUCAUAAGUCAGAUUUUAAAUAUCUUGAUUUAUUUUUCGAAGGAUAUAACGAUAAAUAACUAUCCAAAUAAUAUAAAAAGAAUCCCAACUACUACAACAAUAAGUACUACUAGUUCAUUAUUAAGUGAAAAUACUUCACUACUUUCCUUAAAGGCAAACACAAGAGAAAGAAUAGAUGAAGAUAGUUUUGAAUUUGAAGAAGAAGAAAAAGAAGAAGAAGAAGAGGAAGAAUUACAGAUUUCUAAGAAAUAUCCAGUUAGUCCAGAAAAUAAUAAAGAGGAAGUGACUACAUUGAGUGAGCCUACUAAAUUUAUAGUUGAUGAUUUUGUAGAUGAUAGUUAUGAUUAUUUAAAUUCAUUUGGAUUCUCACAGAAUGAAUCUGUUUAUGACGUAGAUGAAGUGGUUGAUAAUUUUGAUAAUAUGAGUAUAUUGAGUACUAAUACUAUGUUGAAGAGUAAAAAUUGGAAAAUUUUCAAUAAGAAAGAGAAAGGAUUGAAGAAAAAGGAUUCAAUGCAAAAUUUGAAUAUGAAAAGAAGUAAUAGUUUGAAGACGACAAAUACUAAAAAAUCGGUUAUUGAUGAUAGAGAAACGUGUGUAUUAAUGUAA